GCCGACGAACGGCUACGCGUUGACAAGUAGAUCAGAAUUAUUAGCGAUAUUUACAAAGAUUGUUAAAGCAACAAAGAGCGGGAAAUAAAAUUUCAAGUUUUAAAAUAGUCAUGAAAAAAUAAUUAAGCGUUAACGUGUCACGCUUAUAUCUAAAAACAUAGCGUAAACAAACGGAAGCGGUAAGUAGCGGUGCUCCAAACGAGCCGACAUUCAUUGUGCCGUCGCUAAAGAGGGGAGAGGAAGACGCGACAAGGCACGGUCAGGAGACGAAUGAUCACCGCCAUUUUGCUGUGCGUCUGUUGAGUGGAGUGCGUUUAGUUAACGCGGAUAAUUUUAUUAAUUAUUUGUCAGUUAUUUACGGUUUUCUGCAGCGUUGAUGAUUGGGAUUCCGCGCGACGACCGCCAUAAAAUAACGGUUAAAAUCCGAAAUAAUAUGAAACGGAGCUCGAGUCGGGACACUCCACCGCCCCGUGUCAAGCGAUCCAGAUCCUCCAUGGGAAGAUACGAUGAUUCGAGCGAUGAGAGGAUUACACCGGAACGAAUCAGACGGCGCUCUAGAGGGGCUCGGAGUCCGAGUCCUCCCAGAGCAUCCUCUCAUGCCAGAUACGUUGAGUCCAGUUCUCACAGGGACGAGUAUAUGCGAGCACCCAGAGAGAUACCGCCUGAGCGUCCGUACAGCUACAAGGUCCUCUGCGUGAGUUCGAUACAUCCAAAAGCAAGCGACGAAGUAAUAAAAGAUACCCUUUACCGGGAGUAUAAGAAAUUUGGUGACUUUUCCAUACGAAUCUCUCAUGAAUUGGACGAGCGAGUUGCUUAUGUUUGCUUCAGAAGUUCCGAGGAUGCGAGAGACGCGAAACAUGCAAAACCAAGAAUUAUUUUAUACGACAAGCUUGCCUUGGUUGAACCUGUUUAUGAAAGACCCGAAUCUUACCGACGACCCAGAUCCAUCACUCCCCCAGAUUACGAACGUUACUAUGCCAGGUCACCUGGGCCCACAGAGAGGCACAGACCGAUUGAACGAUACGAACGAGUUUACGGACCACCGGUUGGAGUUCCACCUCACAGGGAGCUCAGAAGAGAAACAAUUCCACCUCCUCAUCACGAAUUUGUUCGUCCACCACUACACCAUGGACCACCACAUGUUCACCCUGGUCCUCCGCAUCAUUAUGGACCACCCAGACACAUGAUGAUUCGUCAUCCUGUUCACGGUUUUGAGAGAAUUGAAAAUAAGAAAGACAAGUUUCCAAACUAUUUGCAUCAUGUUUCACCUGAGGAUGAUCCACUGGCGACUCGAACCUUGUUUGCCGGUAAUUUGGAGAUAAAUAUUACCGAGGAAGAGCUGAGAAGAAUCUUUAGCAAGUAUGGAAUCGUCGAUGACAUCGAUAUCAAGAGACCCCCACCGGGUACUGGAAAUGCUUAUGCCUUUGUCAGGUUCCAGACUUUGGAUAUGGCACAUAGAUGCAAAGUUGAAUUAUCUGGCCAAUACAUUGGUAAAUUUCAAUGUAAAAUUGGGUAUGGUAAAGCUACCCCAACGACUCGUAUCUGGGUUGGCGGUUUGGGGCCAUGGACAUCCGUGCCUCAGCUGGAGAGAGAGUUUGAUCGUUUUGGGGCAAUUAAAAAGAUUGAUUAUAUCAAGGGAGAUAGCAAUGCAUACAUUUUAUAUGAUUCCAUCGACGCAGCCCAAGCUGCUGUGAAAGAAAUGAGAGGAUUUCCGCUUGGGGGACCAGAUAGGAGACUGAGGGUUGAUUUUGCUGAUGUUACUCCCGGGUUUGGGUUCAAACCUAGACCGUACCCAGAAGACGCAGCUGAGUUUCGACCAAGACCAGUGGAAUACGAAUCUCCUUACGAUCCUUACGCUCCUGAAGGUGAAUUUGCUUACGCUCCAAGGGGAUUCAGGGGUCGUGGAAGUGCCCCAUGGCACGAUAGACGAGGAGGAGGCAGAGGGGGAUACCGCGGAACUGCUUAUCCUGAGGGAUAUGUGAGAGAAGAAUCUGAUUGGCCAAGCCGCCGGCCACCACCUGAGCUCGAAUAUGAAUCACCAAGGGGCUUGAGGCGCUCAUUGUCUCGGGAACCAGGUGUAGAUCGAUCCAGAUCACGUUCUCCGCGGAGAAGACCUGUGGAUUCAGAUUCCGAUUCUGAAACAGCUAGAACGGGGAUGCUGUCUACGUCACGAACUCUUCCUGAAGUUGCACGAAAGUCUAUAGCAGUUUGGCAAGGCGCUUUGAUAUUAAAAAAUUCUUUAUUUCCAGCUAAAUUUCACCUUACAGAUGGAGAUACAGAGAUAAUUGAUGCGCUGAUGAAGGAUGAGGAUGGGAAACAUAUGCUGAGAAUAACGCAGCGUCUUCGUUUAGACCAACCAAAAUUAGAUGACGUUUCUAAACGCAUACAAACAUCCAGUUCACAUGCUAUAUUUUUAGGUCUUGCCGGAUCUAGCGCUACCAUCACGAACGAUGACGCAAACGUGCAAACUCGACCUCUAAGAAACUUAGUGUCAUAUCUCAAGCAGAAAGAAGCUGCGGGAGUAAUAUCUCUGUUGAAUAAAGACACAGAAGGAACCGGAGUCUUGUAUGCCUUCCCGCCGUGCGCCUUUUCGACCGAACUUUUGAAAAGAACUUGUCCCAGCCUUAGCGAGGAGGGUUUGAAAGAGGAUCACUUAGUUAUCGUUGUGGUGAAAGGCGGCAGUGCCUAAGUUACGCUUACUCAUAAGGUUUAUUAAAGGUAAACGUGCUGAAUACUACAAUACUAUUACAUUACUCGGUCAAAAAUUUGGCUGAUUUCCUCAAUUUCUGGUUGAAUUUUAAGGAAAGUAACUAAUUACGAUUAACGUACAGAUGGUCUAUACACAGAGUAUUUAGCAGAUCAGUGUUUCUAGAUUGUCUCAAAUUAAUCACACUAUAUUACAUCUGAUUGUGCACAUCUUUUUUUUUUUCUCAAAGCAAAGCUCUUGCAGAAUUAUUUGAUUUUAAUUAUUCAACUAAUGAGUAACAAAAUCUGGAACUUGUAUAGCUUCAUUUUUCAGAAGCCCAAAAUUUAUCGGUUCAUUUUUAGAAUCAGCCAAAUUGUAAAAAUUGACGAAACCACGUCCAAGGGGGUAUGCAAUAGCCAAAUACCAGGACAUAAUAAUAUGUUGAUAUCAAGUGACUGCUGUGGUCAGAAGAAUUGAAAGUUCUGACAAGGCUCAUAGAAGAAGUACAUGUAUUAAGCAUGGAAAUAAUAACUUAUGGUUACGAAAUGUUAGAUAUAGCUUCACGAGGUAAGCGCUCUGAUAACAAAACAGUACAUUGAAAAGUUGCAAAGUUCUUCCGAAGAUUGAUUUAAAAAUGGAAUACUUAUUUUUAUGAAGAUGAAACAUUAUUUUAGUAAUGUUCUGCAUAACUUUUUUUUCUCUUAAUCCGGGCCAUAAACGUUGGACCGUUAUGGCAUAUAAUAUAAUGGUGAAUCAUAAUCUAUUACAUAACUUAAUUGUAGUGAACCUAUUCUAAUUAGUAUACAUACUCAGUUAAUUAUCAUGUACACAGUUCUUUCACAUUUGUGAUUGUACGAAUUUUGCUGCAGUGCAUAAACGUCUUAGGAUUUAUAUAUACAUGCGUAUAUAUAAAUAUAAAUGUAUACAUAUACUUAUGAAGAGUUGCAAAUUACAUUAAUUGAUGAAAAUUUUUUAAAGUAAGGUGUCUGCAAACUGAGAAAUAAUGGCAAAAGUAUUUCUUACCUCACACAUUAAUAUACUUUUUUCUUUAUCGCGAUUUCUGUAAAUAAUGAUCAUUGUUAUUCUUAUACAAAAUGCGAAAGGACUGGUCAACAACUAACUACUAGUUUAUUGUUAUAUUUAAAGAAUAUCAAACGGUCACAUCGUAUAAUGAAAAUAUUAAAUUCAGUUGAUUUACUUUUAUAUGAUUUAGAUUUUAGAUGCAUAAGAUUUAAGUGUUUGUGCUAUAAAUUAUCUGUGAAAAUGAUAUUGAAUUUCGUUAACAUGGACAGUGAUUGAGUGGCCGUGGGGAAAAACGAACAGCAAAAUCUCUUCUAAAACCCUAAAAAAAAACUUCGUCUAAUGCCGCGAGAAUCAUUGGCAACAUGUUAAGAAAUCUGUGAACUUUACCAUAAAGGACUGUGUUUGGUGGUAUUAAAAAAAGAAACUACAGAAAUCUCCAAUUGUGUACAGUGAUGUAAAACAGUGCUUGUGUUCUCGCCUCCGAGGGUGUUAUCAUGAAGGUAUGAAAAUAACAUCGAUCUUGAAAUCGAACCCUCAGAACAUCUGAGAUAUGAGAAAGUCCAAAUCGCACUCGGAGGCGAACUAAGGUGCGGUGGUAAAGUGUAUCUGGUGUUGAAAA